AUGGCAUGCAUGGAUAGAGCAUCUCCUGCUCUCAAACAAAUACUGCUCAAGCUGUAUCGUGCUGAGAAGUCCAUUGAGAUUGAUCAUCACUUAUACGAAUUCGGAUCAGUCGAAUACCAUGUUCAGUCUCAAGCCUCUAAUCCUCGAAUAGCCUACUUAUCAAUAUCAAUACCUCCUCUUUGCAAUGGAAUCCUACCAAAUGAUCUUUCUCCAUACACCAUUGAAAUGGUAAAGGGAAUUUGUCCUAAUGUUGUCGAGAUCGAAGAGCCUUCUAGAGAAGGAUUUCAGCUUACUUUGAAGCUUAACCUAGAUCAGAUUCCAAGAAAUAAAGACUAUGUCAAGGUUUUUGAGGAUAUUUCCUCGGUUCAAUCGGUUAUUCUGAGUUCACAGCUGAAAGAAAUAUUGUGGAACGUGAAUUCUGAUGAUGCGUCUCCGGGAAUGUACAAACCCAUCAAACUCGUUUAUCAUCCGAGAGAACCCUUCUUUGUCAUCAGGCAGCCACAGAGAAUCAUAGCAGUAUUCCCGAUUCGUUUCAGAGAGAAAUCAGAUAUCGUUAUUGCAACAACUUUCUUUCAGGAGCUUAUGGAUGUUGGAAAUUCAGAUAAAUGGACAAAGACACCCCCUUGCACCUGGUCAGCCAUUCCUCCACCAGAGUUGAGAGGAGAAGCUUUCGCGGAUUUGAGUACCAAUGGAGGGUUUUUCUCUUUUGAAAUUUCUUCUCGGCAUGUUGAAGGAAAUAGGCUAGACAAAACCGUCUGGAAUCUACUAAAUUUCAAUACCUAUGUUCGAAACCAUGUAAAGAGCACGAAAGGUUUCAUUCAUAGAAGGAUGAGGAAACGUUUGGAAAAUUUGGUUCAGGUUCUGCACGGAACAAACUCAGAAGAAAAUGAACAAGCCAAACAAGUAAAACAACGUCAAGGAUUUAGGUAUACAACAAAACUAGUAAGAUCAUCGAAACACACCAUGAAACAACGAUGGCGCACGUUGGGAAGAAAAAUUAAGAGAAUUCAUUUCCGACUUAAAAUUCAUGGAUUUACACGAUUUCGUCAACGUUGGUUGAGGUUCCCGAAAUUUUCUUCAACAAAAUAUACAAAACUGGAGUAG